UUCAGAUCAGAUAAUGUAAUCCAAACCCGUUCCUACUCCCUACUCCAGGUCUCAGUCUACCAUUGCAACCGGAGAUAAAUAGUCUGGUUACAUUAAUAUUGAUAGAGGUAAUAUCAUUGUGUGAAGAUGUGUUCUACGCCGGCUAUGUCCAAACAGUCCGACGGAUUUAGUACAUGCAUCAAAUGUGACGUGUACAUGAGCUCCGCGUACAAGAGUGUAAGAAAGCUAUGUGUACUGGGAGGAAUUUACUACAUCUAUCUGGGCAGUGCAGCGUAUGAAAGCUACACAGAUUGGAAAUAGCAGAUCAUUAUCUACAGGCAGCUUAGUCUUGAUAUAGUGUGCUACUUUUUAACUUCCAAUACUCAGACGGAGUUGGUGUGAAAUUAAUAACAAGUGAUUAAAAAACAAUUAAAAAUGAGUUUUCAACAUAAGAAUACAGGCAGUGGCGUCAUGCUUAACCUUAGUGGGAGCCCGGUUGUUAAAGCCUUUCUGGCAGGUUCCUUCAGUGGCACUUGCUCAACAGUUCUUUUUCAACCUCUUGAUCUUAUCAAAACUAGAAUGCAGCAGGUUCAGGAGACAAGAUUGGGAAUGUUUGGUGCUACCAAACAGGUUAUAGUGAAAGAAAACCUCCUAGGAUUGUGGAGAGGAUUAGCUCCAAGUCUAGUUAGAACUGUGCCAGGGGUUGGCAUCUAUUUCUCCUCAAUGCAUACGUUAAAGACGUCCCUCUUCCAGGGAUCCCCAAGUCCAACGCAAUCUCUGUUUGUUGGUGCGUUCUCAAGAACACUGGCGGGGUGCCUCAUGAUCCCUGUUACCAUUGUGAAGAUUAGGAGUGAAUCCGGACAAUAUGACUACAAGGGGGUUUUCAAUGCGCUUCGGGCAAUCAAGAAUGCCGAAGGGUUGAGAGGACUUACGUCUGGACUAGUUCCUACACUCAUGAGAGAUGUCCCAUUCUCUGGGAUCUAUCUAAUGUUCUAUGAGAAACUAAAGGGAGUUGCCGCUACACACUCCAAUGGCCAUGCAGAACUGGAAAAAUUUGGUUGCGGCAUUGGCGCAGGGAUACUGGCAUCCGCUGUCACCCAGCCAGCUGAUGUUGUAAAAACUAGACUCCAGUUGAAAACAGGAUCCUCCAUUCUUGUUGUCAUGCAAGAAAUUGCUAUUCAAGACGGGGUCAGAGGAUUCUUUGUUGGAGGGGUUCCCCGUAUGCUGAGGAGAACAAUGAUGGCAGCGCUGGCCUGGACAGUUUACGAACAGGCGAUGAGAAAUAUUGGAAUCAAAUAAGAAAAAAUAAAAAACAAAAAAAAAGAUAAAAAUCAUGAAAAAUAAAAAAAAACAAAAAAGACAAAUAUUGUGUGCACACAACAAUUGAUGGACAACAGCUGCCAUAAAGGUUGUCAAAGGUAGUUCUGAGGACAACAUUAUAACCAUGUGAGAUUUUGAUAUGGUUUAACAGGAAACAUUGAAUAUCAGUGAAUAGUUAAAGAUUAACCAUGUGAGAUUUUGAUAUGGUUUAUAGGAAACACUGAAUAUCAGUGAAUAUAGUUAAAGACUUCUCAGCUUAUUAUUUGGUCCAAUUGUAGUCCCGAGUAGGACUACAUUGGACUAUACAGGUAGUACUAGUACUUAUAAUCAUAUAUUCUUUUCUAUUUAAUCUUUGUAUUUGUGUACUUGAUUUCAUGAAAUAAAACUAAUUGGCAAAAUUUU